AAAAAAAACAGGGAGGGAGGGAGAAUGGGAGAGGAGGAGGACCCGAAGACAGAACAGAGGAAGCGAUAGACUUUGCAUCUGCCAAGCUGACUUGCAGAGGUGUGUGAAGCGCUGGGUGAUGAUGAGUAGUCCUUGUCUAUGUCGCACCAUGCCUGUGAGUCAAAGCCAGCUGCCAGAGGUGAAGCUCAGCCUGAAGACCAGCAGAGAGGUCAGUUCAAUCCGCUCCAGUACCUACUCCUCAGGAAAGGAUCUCCCCAUCCGUGUCAGCACUCAAGCCACCAGAAGCAGGAGCACACCGCCUGUGUCCAGAGUUCAAUGUACCGAGAACAAGGCAGCACCCAAGACUAACGGAUACACCAAGCAUGAACCCAAGAAUUUCCCUGAGAGGAACAGCACUUCACGGCGCAUUCUACCAGCCCAAGCCUCAUCAAUGGGCUCUGCCUCCUCCUCCUCAUCUUCCUCAUCCUCAUCUUCCUAUACUUCAAGGCUAUCCCGACCCUCGCCGCCACAAAAACCUUCUUCGUCCUCAUCAUCCUCUUCACAGAGUAUGAAACGCACCCGAUGGCUAAGCCACAGCACCUCCAACAUCUAUUUCCACUCCAUCUUAGACGGGAGGUUCAGACAGCUUCAAGAUGAGAGAGAAGCUGUGCAAAAGAAGACCUUCACAAAAUGGGUAAACUCCAUCCUGGCUCGAGUCAGCUGCCGUAUCUCAGACCUCUAUCUAGACCUGCGGGAUGGGAGGAUGCUCAUCAGAUUACUUGAGGUUCUCUCAGGGGAAAGACUGCCGAGGCCCACUAAAGGUCGAAUGAGGAUUCACUGUCUAGAGAAUGUAGACAAGGCCCUGCAGUUUCUAAGGGAGAAGAGGGUUCAUUUGGAGAACAUGGGGUCACAUGAUAUUGUGGACGGAAACCACCGUCUUAUCCUGGGACUUAUUUGGACAAUCAUUCUUCGCUUCCAGAUUCAAGACAUUGUAGUUGAGGUAGGCCGGGUAGACAAGACGGGUAAGCAGGAGACGCGCUCUGCUAAAGACGCCUUGCUGCUUUGGUGUCAAAUGAAGACAACUGGGUAUCCAAAUGUUAAUAUCACCAACUUCACCACAAGCUGGAAGGAUGGCUUAGCUUUCAAUGCCCUUAUCCACAAACACAGGCCAGAUCUGAUUGAAUAUGGCUCCCUUCAGAGGUCCAAUCCAACUCAUAAUCUUCACCAAGCUUUCAAUGUGGCUGAGAAAAACCUUGGAAUCACCAAGCUACUGGACCCAGAAGAUGUAUAUACCGAGAACCCAGAUGAGAAGUCCAUCAUCACUUAUGUUGUUGCUUUCUAUCACUACUUUUCCAAGAUGAAAGCUCUGGCAGUUGAAGGCAAGCGAAUUGGGAAGGUGCUAGACCAUGCCAGUGAGACAGAGGAGAUGAUUAAGAUGUAUGAGACACUUUCCUCAGACCUGUUAAAAUGGAUUGAACAGACCAUCAUUAUCUUGAACAACCGCAAACUUGCGAACUCUCUGAAUGGAGUCCAGCAACAAUUACAAGCCUUCAACUCAUACCGUACUAUAGAGAAACCUCCAAAAUUUCAGGAGAAGGGAAACCUUGAGGUACUGCUCUUCACAAUCCAAAGUAGGAUGAGGGCCAACAAUCAGAAGGUUUACACCCCUAAAGAGGGCGCAUUGGUGGCAGACAUCAACAGAGCAUGGGAACAAUUGGAGCGGGCUGAACACGAGCGAGAGAGGGUGCUUAGGGAUGAGCUCAUCAGGCAGGAAAAGCUUGAACAAAUGGCGCGUCGCUUCGACAGAAAGGCUGCCAUGAGAGAGACCUGGCUGCAGGAGAACCAAAAACUGGUAGCACAGGAUAAUUUUGGAUACGAUCUGCCAGCAGUAGAGGCAGCAAAGAAAAAGCACGAUGCCAUUGAGACAGACAUUGCUUCAUAUGAAGAGCGUGUACAUGCCCUGGUGGCCUUGUCUAAAGAGCUGGAGGCAGAAAGGUACCAUGAUGCUAAACGGAUUGAUGCAAGGAAAGAUAAUAUCCUCAGGCUCUGGGACUACCUCCAGGAGCUUCUGAGUGCUCGCAGGGGGCGUCUGGAGAAAAAUCUCACCUUGCAAAGAAUCUUCCAAGAAAUGCUGUACAUCAUUACCUGGAUGGAUGAGAUGAAGCCUCGUCUGGAGUCAACUGAUUUUGGGAAGCACUUGUUGGAGGUGGAGGAUCUUCUGCAAAAGCAUGCGCUAAUUGAAGCAGAUAUUGCUGUGCAAGCAGAGAGAGUGAGCUCUGCUAAUGCAGCUGCUCUCAAAUUCGCAAAUGGAGACAGCUACAAACCAUGUGACCCCCAAGUGAUUCGAGACAGGGUACAACACUUAGACCUAUGCUAUCAGGAGGUGUGUGCACUCUCAGCUCGACGCAAGGCCCGUUUGGAGCAGUCUCGCAGAUUCUGGAACUUUUUCUGGGAGAUAGCAGAACUAGAGAGCUGGAUCCGUGAAAAGGAACAUAUCUUUUCCUCUCUCGACUAUGGCAAGGACCUGACCAGUGUGCUGGUGCUGCAGAGUAAACACAGUGCUUUUGAAGAUGAGCUAGGUGCUCGGGGUGAUCAUAUGAAGGAUGUGAUGGCCGAAGGUGAGAACAUGGUAAAAGCCAAGCAUUUUGGUGCUCCUAAAGUGCAACAACGCAUGGAUGAAGUACAAAGGCAGUGGCAGCAGCUGGAGGAUCUCGCUGCCUUCCGCAAACAGAACCUCCAGGACACCCAACGUUUCUUUCAGUUCCAGGGUGACGCUGAUGACCUUAAGGCCUGGUUGUUGGAUGCCAUCCAGCAAAUGAGCAGUGAGGAUAUCGGGCAUGAGGAGUACACUACACAGAGAAUGCUCAAGAAACAUCAUGCCCUAAGGGAUGAGGCAGUUAAGAAUGGAGCCACUAUUGAUGCUUUGACCAAACAGGCCAAUUCACUGCCAGAGGAGCUUAAAAGCACACCAGACAUCCAACGACGUCUGAAGGACAUUAGGGAUCUGUACAUGGAGCUUUUGUCUCUCUCAGACCUGCGGCAAAAGAAGCUAGAGGACACUUUGGCCCUGUACACCAUUUUCAGUGAGACAGAUGCCUGUGAGCUUUGGAUGGGUCAGAAAGAGACAUGGCUGGUCGGGUUAGAAACACCAGAGAAUCUGGAAGAUUUGGAGGUCGUUCAAAAUAGGUUAAGCAUUCUUGCCCAGGAAAUGGACAACAUGCAGACACGGGUGGACAAUAUAAACAAAACCGCCAAGCAACUAGAGGACAGCAGGCACCCACGAUUCAAAGAAGUGAAGGAAUGUCAGACUCGGCUCAAUAAGAGGUGGGAAGAUUUUAAGAAUAUGGUAGGAUUUAAGAAGCAAAAGGUCGAUUCAGCACUCAGUCUUCACAACUAUGGGCUUGAGUGUGAUGAAACUGAGACAUGGAUCAAGGAAAAGACACGAGUCAUUGAGUCUACGCAGGACCUUGGAAAUGACCUGGCUGCUGUCAUGAUUAUUCAGAGGAAACUUUAUGGCAUUGAAAGAGACAUGGCUGCGAUUCAGAAUAAGCUGGACUUCCUACAUGGUGAGGCCCAACAACUUGUUAAAGACCAUCCUGAGCAUGCCGCCGACAUCCUGGACCGACAAGCCGACCUAAACAAAGCUUGGGAGAUAUUGAAGCAAACGCUAAAGGAUAGAGUAGACUCUCUUGGUGAGGUGAGCAAGUUGCAAAACUUCUUGCAGAAACUAGAUGACUUUCAGUCCUGGCUUUACAAAACACAGAAAGCUGUUGCAUCUGAGGAUAUGCCUAUGACCAUGCCAGAGGCAGAGGGACUCUUAAGUCUUCAUGAUGCUCUUAAAGAUGAUGUGGAUAGACAUGAGGAGGACUUUCACAGCAUUAGAGACACUGGAGCAACCGUCACUCGUGACCAAGAGGAAGAUGCCCAAUACCUAGAGCUGGAUCAGAGGCUGAAGGACCUAGAUAAGGGAUGGGAUGAGCUGCAAAAAAUGUGGGACAGUCGAAAGAACCUAUUAGACCAAGGCAUGGGUUUCCAACAGUUUUCAAGAGAUGCAAAGCAAGCUGAAACCAUCCUGAACAAACAGGAGUACGUUCUGUCUCACCUGGAACAGCCUGAGACACUUGAUGGGGCAGAGAAGGCUUUGAAGAAGCAUGAGGACUUCGUCACCACUAUGGAGGCUAAUGAGAACAAAAUAUUAAGUACACUAGAAGGAGGUCAAAGACUGAUAGACAGUGGAAACCUUUAUGCCCCAAAAGUAAAGGACAAAAUGGAUUCAAUCCAAGACAGAUAUAAGAAGAACCAAGACAAAGCCAAGGAGGUAUCUGAGAAACUCCGAGAUAACAAAGCCCUGCAACACUUUCUUCAAAACACCCAGGAUCUUACUCUGUGGAUAAAUGAGAAGAUGCUGACCGCUCAGGACAGCUCAUAUGAUGAGGCUCGCAACCUCCACACCAAAUGGCAGAAACACCAGGCCUUUAUGGCAGAACUGGCUUCAAAUAAGGAUUGGCUCAACAAAAUUGACGAGGAAGGCAAUGAGUUGAUGACCUCCAAACCGGAGUUUGAACCCAUUGUGAAUGAUCGACUGACGAAGCUUCACGAACUGUGGAACAUCCUGGAGCACACCAUACAGGAAAAGGCCCGGCUUUUGUUUGAUGCACAUCGCUCCGAACUGUUUCAGCAGAGCUUGGCUAAUUUCAAAAAAUGGUUAGCUGAUCUGCGGCAGCAGCUCCAUGGUGAUGUUGAUGAGGAGGUUAAAGAUCUUACUAGUGCCAAAAUUCUUCUCAAGAAGCAUCAGAUAACACAGAAUCAAGUGCAAGUCCAAGCACGGGAGCCCGAAGAGCUGCAGGAGACUUUGCAGCAGCAUACUCAGCUAACUGAAGAGCAACCUGAGCUGGAAGCUGAGCUCAUGGCUGUCCAGAGUGACUUUCAGCAACUCCUUACCCCUCUGGAGCAACGCAAAGGAAAACUUGAGGCGGCUAAAGCCGUGUACCAGUUCUACAGGGAUGUGGAAGAUGAGAUACUCUGGCUUGAAGAGAGGUUGCCUAUGGCAAAGUCACAGGAUCAUGGGAACAAUCUACAGACAGUUCAGCUUCUCCUGAAAAAGAAUCAGACUCUCCAGAAGGAGAUCGAUGGUCACCAGCCACGUGUGGAUGAGUUGUUGCAGCGUGGUCAAGGUAUGAUGGAAGCUGAAGAAAGAAGCCCAAAGGCAGAGGAUAUCCCUGAGAAAAUGGAGAGGUUGGAGGAGGUGUGGGCAGAGCUGCAAGAUGAGAUGACAAAAAGACGAGCUCGACUCAAUGCCUCUAAUGAUGCCCAGCAGUACUACAACGAUGCAGAUGAAGCAGAAGCAUGGAUUGGUGAACAGGAACUCUAUAUGAUUGCCGACGAUGAGGCGAAGGAUGAGCAGAGUGCAAUGACAUUACUAAAGAGGCACAUGAUUCUGAAGCAGGUUGUUGAUGAGUAUGCAGAUUCUAUCCAGGAUCUUGCUGAACGUGCUCAGAAGAUGUUUGCUGAAGACCACCCUCAAGGGGAGGACAUCAUUCGGAGACAGGGUCAGGUGGACAAACAGUAUGCAGGGCUGAAGGAGCUAGCUGAGGAUCGCAUGACGAAGCUUGAUCACACUUACGAUCACUUCCUCUUAUGCCGGGAGGUGGAAGAUCUGGAGCACUGGAUUGCUGAGCGUGAUGUGGUGGCUUCUUCACAGGAGAUGGGACAGGACCUGGACCAUGUUACGAUGCUGAGGGACAAAUUCAGGGAGUUUGCCAGGAAGACGGGGACUGAGGGACAGGAGAGGGUGGACACUGUGAAUCAAAUCGUUGAUAAGCUGAUUGAAGGUGGUCAUAGUGAAUCAUCUACAAUGGCUGAAUGGAAGGACAGUAUAAACGAGAGUUGGGCAGAUCUCUUGGAGCUCAUUGACACCCGCACACAACUCCUCAGUUCUUUUUAUGAUCUGUAUAAGUACUUUUGUGAUGGUAAGGAGUUGGUGGUCCAGAUCAAGGAGAAACAAAAUGAGCUUCCGGAAGAUUUGGGAGAGGAUUUCAGCAAGGCAGAGUCUUUCCAUCGCGUACAUGCUGCAUUUGAAAGAGAUAUUAGCUCUCUUGGAAAGCAGGUACAGGAGUUUCAGGACACUGCAACUCGUCUGCAUGUUCAGUAUGUUGGAGUCCAGGCAGAUGACAUUAAGGUAACAGAAAAAGAAGUAAUAGAUGCCUGGAAGGGUCUCCUGUCUGCCUGUGCCGGCAGGAGGAAACAGCUGGAGGAGACAGCAAACAAGUUCCGCUUUUUCACCAUGAUCAGGGACCUAAUGGCCUGGAUGGAAAGCAUCAUCCAGCAAAUAGAAACUCAAGAGAAACCAAGAGACGUGUCGUCAGUGGAAUUGCUAAUGAAGUAUCACCAAGGGAUCCGUGCAGAGAUCGAUGCUCGUGGACCAAAGUUUAAUGACUGUGUGGAGUUAGCGGGGACUCUUCUAGCACACAAGCAUAAGGACUCAGAUGAAAUCAAAGAGAAGUUGCUGCAGCUAGUUCAGAAGAGAAAGGAAAUGUUGAAUAAAUGGGAUGACAGAUGGGACUGGCUUAGAUUGUUGUUAGAGGUGUGCCAGUUCGCCCGGGAUGCAUCUGUAGCCGAAGCCUGGCUGAUAGCUAAGGAGCCAUAUGUGGUCAGUAAGGACUGGGGUGAGACUGUGGAUGAGGUAGAGAAGCUGCUCAGGAGGCAUGAGGCCUUUGAGAAAUCCACUGCCACCUGGGAGGAGAGAUUCUCUGCGCUGGAACGGCUUACAACACUUGAGCUGCUUGAAAUCAGGAAGCAGCAGCAGGAAUUGCUAAAAUACAGACAGGAAGCGGAAAAGGACAGCAGGGUUGAAGACACAGGCUUCGCUGACGAGUCCUCACGUUUGGACACAAUCGAGGAGCAAUCUUUAUCUGGCAUGGUAGCAGCAGAUCCCAGCUCAAGCCAUGGAGAUAUCACUGCGGGCGAUUCAGCGGUGCCCGUCGUUUCAGAUAUUCAGGAGAGUGUCUCUAUGGAACUGGACCCCUCAACAUCUACUCAGGCUACCAAAGAGGCAGAGCACGCUGCCACUUUUCCCUUUACAUCGUCACAGUCCGUGCCAGUCCUGCUGGAGGGAACCCUUGCGCGUAAACAUGAGAUGGAGGGACCGAAUAAAAAAGCAACCAACAGGUCCUGGAACAGCAUCUACUUUGUUUUAAAACCUGGCCAGCUUUCGGCCUACAAGGAUGCAAAGGGUUUCAGCCAUAAUCUUACAUAUCAUGGAGAGACCCCACUUUCACUCCACAAUGCUGUUUGCGAGGCUCUGUCCAGUUACAAGAAAAAGAAGCAGGUGUUUAAACUACGGCUUGGAGAUGGAAGUGAAUACCUGUUUCAGUGUAAAGAUGAGGAAGAACUAAACAUCUGGAUUAAGGGCAUAGAGAAAGCAGCAGAGUAUGUGACAGAGGAGCCUGUAGCGGAGCCUUCAGAACCUCGAGCCCAGAGCUUGCCCCUUCCUACAUCUUCAAGUGCUCCUGAAGUUUCCUCUGUCAAAAAGGAAAAGGAAAAGAGGUUUAGUUUAUUCGCCAAAAAGAAGUGAGAGGGACCCUUAUAAGUCAGGACCUCAGAGAAAACAAAAAAGAAACCUCAGAGGACAGACAGUUGAAGAAAUGAACUGAUUUAUAUAAAUGUCCUACAUGCAUUUUUUUACAUUAUGUUAAUUUUUAAGAUAGAAAAUUACACUUGUGCCUGUAUUUAUGCCAGUGAACUAUUGCAAUGGUCCACUUGUUUGCUUUUUUUUUUUUUUAACCUCCCCCCCUAAAACAUACCGGAUCCAUAUUCAGACAAAAGCACAGGAAUGCUGUUUUCACACUCAACCAAAGAUAUAUAUUUUUUUUGCAUUACUUGAGCGUCUUUUUGGCAUGCUUUCUUAAAAUUAUUUUGAGGAUUUAUAAUCACACAUUAAACAUUUUCUCAAUUUGCCAUACUUCUUAAAAUGGUUGUAAACUGUGAUACUGUGCUCUUGGUGUUGGAACUUGUACAAUAUACAUUGUACAAUUUACAAUUGGACGUUACAGAGUUUGUUGUACAUGCCAAUUAGUCAUACAGAAGUUUACUCAGGAGGUGUAGUUUAUACGCUGUACACUACUGUAUAGAAUUAAUACAAGUGCAGUAAGCACAGUGGUCAACGAAGUUUUCUAUUCUUCAAAACUUUCCCCAAUAUACUAAUACAGUACCUUGCUGGACAAAGAAAGUUGGCAAGUGUACUUAGAAUAGUCCAAAACCUCUAACAUGCAUAAUGUUAUUUUUUUUCUAAUGCAUGAAUGGAUGUCUUUAUUUAAUAUGGUGCUAUGUUAAUAUAUGCCACAGUGAUCACAGGCUCUUUACUGACAUAUCUAAAUUUAUAGCAGUUAUCAAAAGCAUGCUUCAUGUCUGUUGUUUUAAUCAUAUCACAUUAAUAUCAUGUUUUGUAUAAACUUGAGAAUAUAAUGUUGGGUCAAUGAUGUUCAACACAAUCAUUCAGUUUUAGAAUGUAUAUUGGAAGAAUGUGUAACACCAAUUUUAAUGUAACACACUUCAGGAGGAAGUAAAGCCAUGAGAGAGCAAAAGAAAACAGUAAAUAUUGGAACUUAUUGGAUUGGUUAGGGAAAAAAUAUAAAGGUAUAUGUUUAUGCAUAAAUAAUACAUAAUCAAAUCUGAUUGUUUUAAAUGUAUUUUUACUUGUAUAUUUCCAUCAGGGCACCUAAAUGCAGUGGGAUUUUUGCCCCUGCCCUAAUACAGUGGUGUGAAAAACUA